AUGGCUGAUCAUCCACAAAACUUCCAGCCACAAGUCGGCACCGACACGACCCACGGCCCUCACCUUCACCAGUAUAUCCCGCGCUCAGAUGGGAGUAUCCUCGUCGGCGGCGUCGCGUACAUCCCGCAGCACGUGGCCGUUCCUGCGACGGUGGCUCCAGUCUCUGUCCCAGUCGUCAGCGCGCCGAUCGUGGUUCAACCUGCGUCUCCAUUUGUACAGGCUCCAUACCCCAGCAACCCCUUCUACAGCUUCCUGUAUCCCUCCUACGCAAGUCUUUCAAUCUCUAUGGUGCAGCCUAUCAUGGUCCCGCAACAAGCCUACAUCCCACCUCCUCAGCCUAUGUACGUUCCUCAGAGCGUAUACGGCUAUCCAUCUGCCAGCUCGCCUUACCAGACAUAUCCGAUCCCGACCAAUCCUGCCUUCAGCUUCCAGCAACCUGCCUAUAACACGGUUGGCUACACUGCUGGUGAGAUGCUGACGCAGAACAUGGGCCUGGCCAUGAACUCCGAUGCCAAUAAGAAACAGGAGAUGAAACCAGCCGAUGACGAUCCGUACCGCAUGUACUGGUGCCGUGAGCAAGACAACACCUGGACUCAGCGCAACCGCUUGACGAUCGAUAGUGGUGACAUUGGUGAUACUCGGUGGUACUCGGUUGAUGGCCAGUUCUACUGCAUUAGGCUGUUGGAUUUUCUCUGCGGCUUCGAUUUUAUUGGGCGUGGUCAACGAAUGGCAGAGGCACCAGUUUUCUCUGGGCGUGGAAUUGCGGCACUGGUCAUCUAA